UCCUUUGUGUACAUUGCCGCGGUGUGAUUCGGGAUCUGGAGAAAGAUAACGGGUCCCCUCCAGCCUAGAAAAGAAAAAAAAAAUUCGCUGCUCCCCCUGUUAGAUGCGCACAUGUACAGCUUGCGUUGCGGUUAUCUAAGGAGCAGCGUUGAGCCCAGGCCCGCCUCAGCAGCCUCUCCCCUCGGACUGUUUGCUGGGAGCUCAGGAGCUAGCUGAGCCGAGUUGAUGGUGAUGGUGAUGAUGAUGCAUCUGAGGAUUUAUCCCGGUAUCUCUCCCUGAGAUGGAGCCAGCGACGUUCAACUGGAGCUGCUAACAGCGCCCGAGAAGACCCUGGAUGGCUAAAUGGGGGGAGGAGUAGCUCUAUCGCACAGGGGUUUCUUUGACAUUUUCACCUUUUUAAACCUCAAUCCUGAUCAGAUUUAACAGACGUAACAUGCCGACUAGCAGAGAUAGCCAUUUUUUAGCUUAGCUUCACAGUUAAUCUCGCUUCGGCCGUCCUUGGAUGCUACAGUGACAUUAAUUGGACGGUGCGUUUCAGAAUGGCACAGCUGAUGGACGGUGCCGGCAAACUGAGCUGGGUUCUCCUCAAGUCUGUGAUGCGUUUCACCUUCAUGUUCUUCAACAACUGUGUGGCCAUCCCGUCCUACUGCUUGUACCUGCUGCUCCUCCAGCCGCUGAGAAUAUGGGACAGCUCUGCUUUCUGGCACAUCGAAGGAGUCAUGUUCAAAUGGCUGCUGGCCAUGGUGUCUUCGUGGGGCUGGAUCGCGGGCUACACAGUCACAGAGUGGGGUGAUGAUGUGCGGGACAUCUCUGAAGAAGAAGCCAUGGUCAUUGUCAAUCAUCAGUCCACUGGGGAUGUUUGCACUCUCAUGAUGUGCCUGCAAGACAAGGGCACGGUGGUGCGGAAAAUGAUGUGGUUGAUGGACCAUGUGUUCAAAUACACCAAUUUUGGUGUAGUGUCCCUGAUUCACGGGGACUUCUUCAUCAGACAGGGUAAAGCUCACAGAGACAAGCAGCUGGUCUACUUGAAGGAGCAUCUAGAAAAAUACUACCACAGCCGCGACAGGAAGUGGAUAGUGCUCUUCCCUGAGGGCGGCUUCCUCAGGAAGAGGCGAGAAACCAGCCAGUUGUUUGCAAAGAAAAACUCUCUCCCUCACCUGACCCAUGUCACGCUGCCUCGCCUGGGGGCCACCCACGUUAUCCUGAAAACCCUGUCGGCUCAGCAGGAGAACGGCAGCGUGGGCAGCGACUCCGGGACCCGCAACCAAACAGUUAAUAAAAGUAAAGGCCUGCAGUGGGUUAUAGAUGUGACCGUAGCGUACCCCAAAGCGAGACCGAUGGACAUCCAGACAUGGAUCUUUGGCUACAGGCCUCCUACAGUCACACAUGUACAUUACAGGAUGUACCCAAUAAAAGAGGUUCCUAUGGAGGCAGAGGCCCUGACUGACUGGCUGUAUCAGAGGUUUGUGGAGAAAGAAGAGUUGUUGGCUCACUUCUACAACACAGGAUCAUUCCCUCCUCCAGAUGGCCAGAAGGAGGCGGCUUCCCGGCAGAUGACCCUCGACCCCGUGUGGCUGUGCAUGGUCCAGUCGUUUGCUUUCGCCUCCGGCUACAUGUGGUACAACGUCCUCCAGUACCUCUACUGCUGUUUAUUUUGAGCGCGCGGACGAGCCGGGAGUCUUUAUCGGACCACUGGAAAAGCCUCAGGAUCAGUCGCCAUGUGUGUGUGUGACCCGACGUCACACUUUAACCCCCUUCCUCUCCCCUUCGCCUCCCUUCUUCUACGAUGGAUGAAUGUACAUCUGCAGCAUUGGAGAGACCUGACGGGAGUCGAGGGAAAAAAAAA